AUGAUUAAAACUUCCGUAGUCCUUUUUACUUUCAGUCAAAAUGCGGAUGACGACAUAAUAUCGCAGAAAUCUUUGGAUGUAGUGAAAGAACUUACUCAUUUUUUGAAACAACAUGCCACGGUGGAAGGAUUAUUCCGUCGGACAGGACGUCGUGAACUUCGACGACAUAUCCUGAAUUCUUUAAAAAAAGGACAUAAGCCACGCUUUGAAAAAUCGAACAGGUCAGCUCUGGAAUGCGCGGCAGCCUUACAAAUUUUUCUCAGCCGUCUCAAAAAGCCUAUCAUGCCGCAACAUGUGCAGGAAUUGAUACUUGCUGACAAUCCAGGUGUGGAGGUACAAGUUAUCGCGCAAGAUGCUUUAGGUCUUAUCAAACAGGAUGUCGGCGGUCGCCACGGCGAGCUUCUGAUUGAUGUUCUGGAUCUGUUGAGACAUUUGACUCUGUCGGGGCCACCUUCGGAAUGUUCCGAAUUACGAGGAUCACCUUUGCCUAUCGCCCUACUACCAGUAUUUUUUAACCUUUCGUCUGGCGACUUGAUAAAAUGGAAGCAGGUUGCGGCCAGGUUCAGCGAAUUAAUUACAGAAGCUGCUAAACAGCUCCAUCGGAAUGAACAACGUGCUAUGUAUACAGAAACUACGUUAAAUUUGGCAAUGAGUGUUGAGGAUGUAACUUCGACAUCUCCAGAAGUGUCUGAACGAUUAAGGAGGUUGCAGGAACUUUCUUUAUUGUACCCUAUCAUGCAACUUACAGACCAUUAUAAUGCUUGUCACGUUGGCGAAAUGGCGCAUGUUCUCAUUACACCGUUGCAACAUCCAACAGUCAGUAUAUUACACCCGACACUUGUUCGGCCGAAUUAAGUGAUAAUCGAGCAAUGUACGAAUUCUCUGUGUAAAUCAUCGUAUUUAUAUAUCACGAUAACAUUUGUGUGAAUUGGCUGAUCGAUUUAAUUGUAUCACGAUUGAGAUGUAUGUACAUGCAGCACCAGUGAAAAUUAUUAAUCAUUAAUCUAAUAGUAUAAUAGUAUGAUAAUAUAAUCACACAUAUCAAUUACAACUGAGACAUUCGUUUGAACAAAUAAGAAUUAUUUGCAAACAUAUAUAUUUUCAAGUGCUUCUAUACAUUGAAACGGAAAUAAAAAACUUGAUACAUAUUAAUUUCACUAGAAUACAACGUUGAUAAAAAUAGCUAUAUAUAUAUAUAUAUAGCUAGUUUGCUAUCAAAACACAAGUGACACUUAUUCACUUGUACAAGAUGUGACGCAAGUGUGUAGUUAAAUUUUAGUGUUUACUUAAUUUUCACACGAUGUAUUUAAAAAUUUGCAUUUUAUGUUAUCAAAAUGAUUUAGACCAGUUUUUCUUGCUUAUUGCGGACGCUCUUGAAAUUUAAUUGUGCAGCUGGUACAUCACACAUUUUUUAGUGUAUUCCUCUGUGAGGAUGAUACGUCGAAAUGAAAGUAAAACUCAUUUCACGAUAAACCUACGGAUAAGGAACUACAUAUGUUUACAUGGGAUGUCCCAAGAAAUAGAAAAAUCAAUAUACAAGACAUUUUUCGUUUAACUUGACGUGAAGAAAGUUUCAUUCAUUUGUGAUUAAAAUUACUACCAAUAUGUGAUGAUUUUCACAUUCUCCGUGAAUUCUAACUUUUUCUAGGAAUAUUGGGCCCAUUUUCUUAUUUUUUAUUUAAAUUAGUAAUGAAAGAAUUCCUUUUUUUUU